AACCAAUGGCCAAGUACGAUUUCAUCAUAUUGUUUGUUUUCAUCCAUGGAUGUCUGUCCAUGGAAUGGAGUGCAAGCGACACGGUGAACUUAGAUCAAUUCAUAGCAACGACGAUGGAAUGCAGGAAUGUGCCGGGGAUGUUCCUAACUAUUGUAAAGGAUGAUGAGGUUACACUGAGCAAAGGCUAUGGCUUUAAGAAUGUUGAAACAAAGGAACCGUUUACCACGCAGACACCAAUGUCAAUUCAAAGCACUUCCAAACUCAUGAUUACGAUUCUCACCGCAAGAAUUUUGACGAAAUAUCCACAAUAUACAUUUGACACGACCAUCAAAGAGUUACUUGGUGAUUAUUUGGAACUGUCCGACAAAACGGCAGAGAAAAUCGUGACAAUAAGGGAUAUAGUUUCACAUGCUCAUGGGUUGGGUUUUCCAGAUAGUAGUUGGUUAUGGUUUACGAUGACGAAGUAUGACCUUUUAAGGAGUGUAAAACAUUACCCGGUUGUGGACGAAAUAAGGCGAGGAUUCCACUACUCAAACGAUGCAUUUCUUUUUCUUGAUAAAGCAUUUGAGUUAAUGGAGAAUAAAUCGAUUGAAAAAAUAUUUCGAGAUGAACUAUUUGACCCACUGGGCAUGAUUCAUUCUAAUACAAUUAAUGAGGCGCGAUAUGAUGAGAGUUAUGCUACCGGAUAUCAACCUGGACCUAAUGGGACAUUGUUAAAAACAAAAAGGAGCUACAUUAGUCGAAAUGCCCAGAAUGUUGGUGGAUGGGGAUUGGCCAGCACCGCAGAUGAUCUUGCAAAAUAUCUAAGAUUCGUUCUUAGAGAAGGCAAAUUAGAAGAUGGGACGCAACAUGUGAACCCAGAUCUAAUGAAAGAGGUAUUGUCACCACAAAUAUUUUACCCUUUACCAUACGUGAAAGUCGCCGAUGGUUAUUCUUUGAGACCCGACUUCCCAAGUACAAGCCAGACACAGUCAUACGGCAUGGCCUCGUGGCAUCGCUACUACCGAGGUUUCCAAUUGGUCCAGCAUACCGGAAGCCACGGCGGAUGUGACACUCUGAUGACGUAUGUUCCUGAAUUAAACAUCGGUAUCUACACUGGUUUGAAUGGUCCGUAUACAGACGUCUCAUGGGUUGCAGAAACAGUCAUUCAGGAAUACAUUCUUGACACAUUGCUCGAAUUGCCAAGUUAUCUUAACAACACAACUGCUUGUACAUUUCCCGCACCGUGGGGUGAGCCAGUGGGGAUACCAUCAUUUCAAGCUAUCCCAGAGGACGUGGUCCCGGCUCUACCACUUGAUAAAUACACUGGUGUAUUUGGCAAAGAAGGAGCUGGAUGUUUGUCCAUGACUUUAAAUAGAACCGAAGAUGAUGUUGAAGUACUCCAGUUUGCUUUAGGGUGGGGUAGAAUGUUUGCUUAUCCCAAAGAAGGACAGGCGCAUCAGUUUUGGCUAAAGGGCCUUGAUGAUAUGUUCCACUACUGGUAUACUGGGGGUCAUUCUGCUGGGUUUACAGAAUCAGAUGGAUCGAUUAGCGAGAUGAGGUUUCUAGGAUUAAAAUUGAAAAGAAUUUCUGGUGACAGUGAGCAGUUAUGUUCGUAUUAUCUAACGGGUCUGAAUGGUACAGACUUUUAAACUGUGUA